AUGCGUUUAACAUUAGUUGAUACUGGUGAUCCAAUUGAAGAUUCAAACUUUGAAGAAGAAAUGGCUGAAGCACAAUUUUUAUGUUUUUAUACAUUUAUUGAAUGGAUGAAAGAAGUACUUGAUAUUAAUUCAGUUGAUAUCGAAGAAGAAGAUGAUGAUUCAAAAAAUUCAUCAGUUAUCUAUUGGAUUAAAGAUAAAUUACAUCUUUCGUCUAAUUUAGAUAAUAUUAAUGAAGAAUUUAGUAAACAUCAAAAAAUAAAUUAUCGAACAGAUACGAAAUACAAUUACUAUGAUCAUGUAUUUGAAUCAGAAAUAAAUCGUGAAAUACAAUUAACCGAAGAAAAUUAUAAAAAAAUGUUAUAUAAAGAUGUUCUUAAAUAUGAAUUUUUUGAAUUACAAACAGCACGCGAUAAUUUUAUCGAGAAUUAUGCUCCGAAAGUGAACAAAUGA